CAGUCAGCAACCAAAGCCCGCAGCAACGACUCUUGCGACUCUGCCCUAGCUAACUGCCCUAGCUGAACCCCCCCUCCACUCGCCACCUCUUCCCCCCGACCCAUCGUGCUGCCGCGGAUGGACGACGCGUGCUGGCCUUAGCCAUAGCUCUCUGGGCGUCCGGCUUGUUUUGUCGCUGUACCGUCGCUCGUCGCUCGCUCUGAUCGCGCGCUGAUACCCGGAGGCGGUCGGCCUCAUUGCGCAUGCUCUGUAUCAAUAUUGCCUCGUGUUAUUUACAGUCCCGUUCUGCUUGCGCCGUGACCUGAGGUCAUCUACUUCCCAGUUGCCGCCUUACUUAGUGGCGAGCCCGUUAAUCAUACUAGGUAAUAUUUAUUAUUGCAUGAUUAUUGCAACGCCGCCAUGACUUCCAGGCUCGAUCGUCUGGUCACGCUGCUCGAGACCGGCAGUACUCAGGUCAUCAGAAACACGGCCGCCCAGCAACUGGCCGAUGUGCAGAAGCAGCAUCCAGAUGAGCUCUUUAAUCUGCUAGGUCGCAUUCUGCCGUAUCUCCGGUCCAAGUCAUGGGACACACGGACGGCUGCCGCCAAGGCCAUCGGGCUGAUCGCCGCCAAUGCAGAGCCCUUCGACCCCAACCAGGAUGAUGGCCAGGGGAUCAAGAAGCCAGAGGAUGACCAAGACGUUGAUAUCAAGCAAGAAGGUGAUGGUCUACCGGAAGACGACUCGCUUCUGCAACUCGAGCGUCUCGACAUCUCCUCGGUUCUCAAGUACGGCAAGAAGCUGCUUGGCACCGCCGGCAAGGAAUAUGAAUACUCUCUGGCCGCCAUGGACCCGGCCUCCCGAUUACAGCAGCAGAAGAAGACCUUGACGUCGCGGCUGGGUCUCGCUGGGGAGUAUCUCGAGGACGAGCUCAUUGACGAUAAUGACCUCAACCUCACCCUGCAGCAACAGUCACGUCCCAAGCUGGACACGUCUCUGCCGGCUUUGUCGCGCCAGAACAGCGUCCAAAACGCUUCCUCCCCUCAUCCAUCCCCCCUAGAACAUCCCAACGGCGAUGAGUCUGGUCUAAGCAAGCGCCAGCUGAAUCAGCUCAAGCGCAAAAACAAGCAGAACGCCAAGAUGGGCGCAAACAAGGUCCGCGUGGUCGAUGUGUCUGGUCGAAAACCUUCCGAUCAGGUAUCGACGCCCGCGCCCGUUCCUACCCCCCACCCGAUCAAAACCGAGGAAAGCAAUGGGGAGCAGAAGCCAGACUAUUUCUCGCUCGACAGGGACGGCGGGGAUGAUGACUCGAAGAUCGUCUCCGAGUUUAAGGGCGCCGUUGUCCCUGAAAAGCCUGUGAUCCAGACGGAAGCCGAAGAACAAGGCCUGACAUGGCCUUACGAGCACGUCUGUGAAUUUCUCAUGGUGGAUCUCUUUGAUCCAAACUGGGAGAUCCGUCACGGAGCUGCAAUGGGAUUGCGAGAGGUCAUCCGGGUGCAGGGUUUGGGUGCUGGGCGUGUGCAUGGGAAAAGUAGGGCUGAGAACGAUGCUCUGAACCGCCGAUGGUUGGAUGAUCUGGCCUGUCGACUCGUCUGUGUCUUUAUGCUGGACCGCUUCGGUGACUACAUUUCUGACAAUGUUGUCGCUCCCAUUCGAGAGACAGUCGGCCAGACUCUUGGCGCUCUGUUGUCCCACUUGCCGGCCAAGUCAGUCGUUGCAGUCUAUAACAUUCUUCAUAGGAUCAUCAUGCAAUCGGAUUUGGGUCUGGAUCGUCCCAUUUGGGAGGUCUGCCAUGGUGGCAUGAUUGGAUUGAGAUAUCUCGUAGCGGUUCGAAAAGACCUGCUAGUAAAGUAUCCCAAACUAGUCGAUGGAGUCCUACAAGCUGUCAUGAAGGGUCUCGGAGACUACGACGACGAUGUCCGGGCUGUCAGUGCGGCUACUCUGGUCCCAAUUGCCGGAGAGGUUGUCUCCUCUCGGGCUGGCGCUUUGAACCAACUCAUCAACAUCGUGUGGGACUGUCUUUCCAACUUGCAGGACGACCUGAGCGCGAGUACUGGAUCCGUGAUGGAUCUCUUAGCAAAGCUCUGCACGUUCCCUGAGAUCCUCGAUGCCAUGAAAGCGAAUGCCGCGGACGACCCGGAAGCGUCUUUUGCUAACCUGGUCCCACGUCUGUAUCCUUUCCUCCGUCACACAAUUACGAGUGUACGAGCGGCUGUUCUCAGAGCCUUGAUGACCUUCCUCAAACUGGAGGGCGAAGGAACGAAUGCCUGGGUGGAUGGGAAGACUAUGAGACUUGUUUUCCAGAACUUGUUGGUCGAGCGGAACGAGGGUGUCUUGAAACAAUCUCUCCAGGUCUGGUCAGAGCUUCUCCAAGCCCUGGAGAGUCGUGGUUUCUUCAAAUCAGAAGGCGAAUUGGUCUCUCACGUCCAGCCGCUGAUCACCCUGAGUCUGGGUCCAUUUGGAGUUCCCCGAUAUCCGAUACCGAUGAAUACCUCGUUGUUUAUCAAACCAUCUGGAUUGCCCUAUUCGAGUGCAGCGAUUACUCCUGCAAAGUCUGCCUCUCCCGGUGCUUCCACACCUGCUGCGGAACAACCAGCCAAAGGACGCAGACGUAAAUCGGAGAAGAAGGAGGUUGCUCUCCCUUCAACCCACAAUGUGGAUGGCCACAUGCUUCAAGGUGAUGUCGACCUCGUGGGAGCUGAGACUCUCAUGAGAUCGAAGAUCUAUUCUGCGAAGGCUCUCGGAGAGUUCUUGACGCUGUGGGAUAAACACGAGCUGCCAAGUCUUUGGCAACUUAUUCUUUCCGGCAUCAACUGGCCGGCAUCAAGCUCUCAACUCGUUGCUUCGAUGAUUGUCGAAGAAUACGCAAGGAAGAACGGUACCAGCAGCAAGUACGUGUCGCUCCUGUGCGAAUCGCUACGUCCAGUUGUCGAAACCGAACGCCCGUCAUGGUACAGUGAUAUCGCUUGCUAUCUGCAAAUUGCCAGGGCCCAAUGCCAUUCUCUCCUCAAUGCCUUUAGAGAUCAUGGCCAUGUGCCUCCUUCAAGACUCCCGACGCUUGCUGUCGUCGUCCAAGGUGAUACUGAAGCUGGGCCCAAUGCCUUUUCUAUCGCCGACGCAGAAAAGGUUAUCGGCCCUGACUUUGAGCGGUUGAAGAAGAGCCUCACGCCGGCCCAGCGCGUUACUGCUCUGCAACUCUUGAAUGAUACUCGAUCUACUGCGACGAUAGCGAUAGAGGAAGCCAAGGCUGUCAAGGAUAUCCGAGACAUGCGUAUCCGAGCCGCGGCCGCGGGUGCUCUGGUGGCUAUGCAGGAUAUCCCCAAGAAACCAAGUCAGAUCAUCAAGGGCAUGAUGGACAGCAUUAAGAAAGAAGAGAACGCUGAACUUCAGCAACGGUCGGCCACUGCGAUCUCCAUCCUGGUCGGCUACUACACCGCAGCUGCGAAACGUGGCCCUGUGGACAAAGUCAUUGGCAACCUGGUCAAGUAUUGCUGUGUCGAUACUUCGGAAACUCCAGAGUUCCAGCACAACGCCCACCUCGAAAAGACUAUCUUGUCCCUUAGGAAAGAAGAAGAUCGACGAGACCAUCCUGAUGCUGCCAAGUUCGAGAGAGAAGCCAGGGAAGCCAGGAUCAUGCGACGAGGAGCCAAAGAGGCUCUGGAACAACUGGCCUCCAAAUUCGGCCCGCUUUUGCUUGAGAAGGUGCCUAAUCUGGCUGCGCUUAUCGAGCGACCUUUGCGGGAUGCCCUGGCUGGGGAACUACCAAAGAGCAUCCGGGAGCCUGAUAAUGAGCUCGGCCAGGAGGUUGUGGAUGGCCUUUCUACGCUUCGUGCCCUUCUUCCCAAGUUUGAUCGUGGUCUCUACCCGUGGGUGAUCGACCUAAUGCCCAUUAUUGCCAAGGCUCUUCAGUGCGAGCUUUCGGUUAUCCGGUAUGCGGCCGCCAAGUGUUUCGCUACUAUCUGUAGUGUGAUCACAGUGGAGGGCAUGACUAUGCUCGUGGAAAAGGUUCUUCCUACCAUCAACAAUGCUCUGGAUGUUCACUAUCGCCAGGGCGCCAUCGAGUGUAUCUACCACUUGAUCCACGUGAUGGAAGAUGAGAUUCUGCCAUAUGUCAUUUUCUUGGUCGUCCCUGUUCUGGGAAGAAUGAGCGAUUCGGACAAUGAUGUUAGACUUCUCGCCACUACAUCGUUUGCAACCCUUGUUAAGCUUGUUCCUCUUGAGGCCGGCAUUCCGGACCCGCCAGGCCUGUCGGAAGAACUUCUCAAGGGCCGUGACCGUGAGAGGAAGUUCAUGUCCCAGAUGCUGGAUGUGCGCAAGGUCGAACCGUUCCAGAUCCCCGUCGCCAUCAAGGCAGAGCUCCGUUCUUAUCAGCAAGAGGGGGUGAAUUGGCUUGCUUUCCUCAAUCGUUACAACCUACAUGGCAUUCUCUGUGACGACAUGGGCCUGGGUAAGACCUUGCAGACCAUUUGCAUUGUUGCAAGUGACCACCACAUGAGGGCCGAAGAGUUCGCCAAGACCCAGGCUCCGGAAGUCCGCAAGCUUCCCUCUCUGAUUGUUUGCCCCCCAACACUGUCAGGACACUGGCAGCAAGAGAUCAAACAAUACGCACCUUUCCUCUCUACCUUGGCUUAUGUCGGGCCUCCAGCGGAACGUUCCAAACUCAAGGGCCAGCUCGAGUCUGCAGACAUUGUGAUUACAUCCUACGAUAUUUGCAGGAAUGACAAUGAUGUGUUUAUGCCCAUUAGUUGGAAUUACUGUGUUCUCGACGAAGGUCAUCUCAUCAAGAAUCCCAAGGCCAAGAUCACGGUGGCAGUCAAGCGUCUCGUUAGCAACCAUCGUCUCAUCUUGUCGGGAACCCCCAUCCAGAAUAAUGUUUUGGAGCUUUGGUCGUUGUUCGACUUCUUGAUGCCAGGAUUCUUGGGGACGGAGAAGGUGUUCCUGGAUAGAUUCGCGAAACCAAUUGCGGCUAGUCGCUUCAGCAAGUCAUCCUCGAAGGAACAAGAGGCUGGUGCCCUGGCAAUCGAAGCGCUCCACAAGCAAGUCCUUCCGUUCUUGCUGCGCCGCCUUAAGGAGGAAGUGCUUAACGAUCUGCCCCCGAAGAUCCUGCAGAACUACUAUUGCGACCCCAGUGAGCUGCAACGGAAGCUUUUCGAAGACUUCACGAAAAAGGAACAGAAGGACCUUGUGCAGAAGGUCGGAAGUGCAGACAAGGCUGCCAAGGAACAUAUCUUCCAGGCUCUGCAGUACAUGCGUCGCUUGUGCAACUCCCCUGCCCUCGUUGUGAAGGAGGGACACAAACAAUAUGACGAGGUCCAGAGGUAUCUCGCUGCUAAACACUCGCACAUCCGGGACAUCUCCCAUGCACCCAAACUUACCGCUCUUCGCGAUCUCCUCCUUGACUGCGGUAUCGGUGCUGAUCCGGGCAAUGAAGGUGAACUGGACACUGGCGCCAGUUAUGUCAGCCCACACCGCGCUCUGGUGUUCUGUCAAAUGAAGGAGAUGCUCGAUAUCGUACAGAACGAUGUUUUCAAGAAAUUGCUUCCUUCGGUACAGUAUCUCCGCCUUGAUGGUAGUGUGGAGGCCACGAAGCGCCAGAGUAUCGUCAAUCAAUUCAACACCGAUCCCAGUUACGAUGUGCUGCUUUUGACAACGAGUGUGGGUGGUCUUGGUCUUAAUCUCACUGGUGCCGACACGGUCAUCUUCGUGGAACAUGACUGGAACCCGCAGAAGGAUAUCCAGGCUAUGGACCGUGCUCACCGUAUCGGCCAGAAGAAGGUCGUCAAUGUCUACCGUCUGAUUACCAGAGGCACACUAGAGGAAAAGAUUUUGAAUCUCCAACGCUUCAAGAUCGAUGUCGCCUCGACGGUGGUCAACCAACAAAACGCCGGCCUCAACACCAUGGAUACCGACCAGUUACUGGAUCUUUUCAACCUAGGCGAAACAGCCGAAGGCGCCGAGAAACCCGGCGACGCAGCCGUGGGCAACGAGAUCGACAUGGUCGAUAUCGACGGCGAAGUCAAAGAAAAGGGAAAGAAAGGCUGGCUCGACGAUCUCGGCGAACUCUGGGACGACAAACAAUACCAGGAAGAAUACGACCUAGAUUCCUUCCUGCACACUAUGAAGGGAUAACCUACCUGAAGCCCCCCUUCCCUCCCUUAUCCCCUUUUAUGUACUUAUGUAACUUUUUUUUUUCUCAUUUUCUCUUCUUCUCCCGAUUUGGAUGCAUUUCAUCUUGGGCUUAUCUUUUUUCCCCUUUACUUGGUCGAAGGCGUCAGGACGGAGACACGAAGAAACGAACGAACCCUGUUCUAUUAUUAGCAUCAUUUAUGAACUACUUUUCUUUUUUUUUUUCUUGUUAUUUUCAUUAUCCUGAAUUGGUACCCCGUUUUCGUUGCAUGUCUUUUUUUUUUGCUUAGCAUAUGCAAGGAAAGAAGGGGGAAAAGAGAGAGAGAGAUGAGAUGACCUUUUUUUUUUUUUUUUUU